AUGAUAGCUAUUCGUUUGCUUGUAACACUUUUGGUUCCAUUUCUACUUUCUUCUUUUGUUUUCUCUUAUUCCACAAAUGAACUUAAACUAUGGUGUAACCAAACUCCUAACCCUCAACCCUGUGAAUAUUUCUUGAACAAUAACCCUUCUUACCAACACAAACUCAUCCAACAAAAAUCCGAUUUCUUCAAACUUUCAUUACAACUUGUUCAACAAAGAGCACUCAAAGCCCAUGCAAACACUCUUUCCUUACGCUCCAAAUGCAACAACCCACGUGAAAUAUCUGCAUGGGCUGAUUGUGUUGACCUAUACCAACAAACCAUCCUCAAGCUCAACAAAACCCUAGACACUAAAACAAACUGUUCUCAAGUUGAUGCUCAAACAUGGCUAAGCACUGCUCUCACAAAUCUUGACACAUGUAAAGCUGGAUUCUAUGAUCUUGGUGUUCAAGACUAUGUUCUUCCUCUCAUGUCCAACAAUGUUACUAAAUUGCUAAGCAAUACUUUGGCUCUUAACAAAGUUCAAUAUCAAGAACCUAGCUACAAAAAUGGCUUCCCAACAUGGGUUAGGCCUGGUGGUAGUACAGGUGCAGAUGCAGGUGGUACAGCUGGGGCUGAUAACCAAGGCCAGGAUAAUGGGGCGAAUAUUGAUGAUGAUAUUGACGCCAUGUUUGUAUGA